AUCACUCGUGGCAGUCGUCUUACAGACUUUAUGGUGAGAAGUGAAUGAGAUUGAGGUUAUCAUAAAUUUCAAUUAAAUUCUCAUUAAAGAAAAAUUUUCCUAUCUCGUUCGGAUACUUAUAAUGUUUAUAUAGAAUGCCGAAGAAUUCGUAAAAAGUAUUGUUUGAAAUCAAUAGUAUUUAUUUAUAUUAAAUUAUAUUAAGCGAUAUGUGUUUUAUUCGCAAACGUAUUGUCAAUGAAUUAUUCGCAUGUACUCCACAAUAUUUUCCCAAGAACGAAAGAUUAUUCUGAAAAUUCAAUUUUAUAAUUUGAUAUUAUAAAAGGGAUAUCAGUAAUUAAAUUGAAAAAUUAUUUAAAUCGUUAAGAACGUAAUACACGACAUUGGCGAAUUAUAUAUUUUAUUAAAAAUUCGUAGAAUCGUUUGUACACUGUACGAAAUAUAAAAGUUACAAGAUGUUAACCAAAAAAUUAAGUAAUAGAAGAAUAUUGGUUGACAUUCUUGUCCUAUUUUUUGGUAUUGGUGCAUGGAUCGGUAUAAAUGGUAUUUACGUGCAAUUACCCCUUUUAAUAAAUAAUGCUCCAGAAGGAUGGAAUUUACCAGCCCAUAUGGUAAUGCUAGUACAGUUUGCUAACUUAGGACCAAUUCUAUACACGCUAUAUAUUAAAUAUACUGCAUGGGCGUAUGAUAAACUAAUCAUAUAUGGAAUGCUAAUUGCAGCUGUACUAUCUACUUUUAUUUUAGCAUUCCUCUAUAAUAAAACAUCAUUAAUAUUUGGAAAUAUGCAUUCAACGAGUCUUCUGUCUCUGAUGUUUGUAACAGCUAUCGUUGGAUGUACUAGUUCUGUUCUUUUCAUGCCUUACAUGAGGAAUUACCGUGAAAUUUAUCUGGUUUCCUAUCUUGUAGGAGAAGGUCUUAGUGGCUUUAUACCUAGUAUUGUGGCAUUGAUUCAGGGUGUUGGUGGAAAUCCUGGAUGUAAAAAUGUUACUAAAGCAGGAUCAUCUGAUUUAAAAUUUGAACCUUUCUAUCCAGAUCCCAGGUUUUCUACACAGACAUUUUUUAUUUUCAUCUGUGCGUUAUUAUUUUUGAGUUUUUUUUCUUUUCUUGGAUUAAACAAAUUGCCAGUCGCUAUUGGCGAAAGGGUUAAACUUCCAUCGAGCAUGGAAACACUACCAACAGAUACCAAAGCUCCACCAAGUUAUAAAACAAAUUCAGGCUGGACAAUGUCCAAACGUACAUAUUAUUAUUUGUUAUCUAUGAUGGCACUUGUUUGUUUUCUUGGUCAUGGUACUCUUCCUAGUAUUCAAUCUUAUUCUUGUUUACCUUAUGGAAAUGUAGGUUAUCAUUUAACAAUAACAUUAUCUUCAAUGGCUGGUCCAUUAGCAAUGUGUUUAGGUUUUAUUAUAAAGUCUCCAAAAAUUAGUCUUCUUAGCGGACUUAUGGGACUAGUUAUUAUUCUAUCUUGUUUUGUUUUAUUUUUAGCUGUAAAAUCACCUAAUCCACCUCUACAGCAUACAUGGAUGGGUGAAAUGUUAGUUGUAGUUUCAUGGAUAUUAGUUAAUGGUUUAAUAGGAUUUAUAAAAAUGGGUAUUACCACUUUAUUCAGACCAGACCCAGGUAGAGGUUUAUAUUAUACCGGUGUUGCUACACAAAUUGGUUCUCUAAUAGGUGCAAUAAUAACAUUUGUGUUAGUUAAUCAUAUGAAAAUCUUUCAUUCGUACUCUCCAUGUGAUAAUGUACAUUGAUUUUUCUUCAAAUUAUAUAAAGAAAUAGUUCUCA